CCAUCUUCACAUUUAAUAACUCUACACACAAUCUCUCUCACACACACACGCGCAUGCUUACUUCAAUAUCUCUGAAGAACUGUAUAUAUAUUCAUAACUCUCUUCAUCAGUUAUUCAAAUCAUCAAAAGUAGUGAAGAUUUACAUUCAUGAUGUGGCGUGUUCUAGAGAACGUGAAGAAGAGGUCUAGGGUUGCAGAUGAGAGCAUGGUGGUGGCUGCAGAAGAAGAAGAAGGAAGAGGAAGAGGAAGAAGAAGAAGAGGAAGGCAUGGUGGUGGGUUUUCAGUGAUACUAUAUUGUAUUCUUCAAGUUCCAAUAUCAAUUCUGUCUUGUGUUUCAAGUCCUCGUGUUAAUGGUUCUGCUGCUUCUGAUGGAGUCUGGGUCUCCUCUGGGGAUCAUUUUGCUCAUAUCUCUGAGAUCAAUCAUCUCAUGGUUAGUGAUAGUAUGAGAUAUGCAAUUUUGAUGUAAAUUCAAACUACAAACUAAUAAAUAUAUUAUCUCUACUUGUUACUUA